ACGUCGUUGCGUCGUCAUCACCGCGUCGCCACCGUUUCUUGUGCUGAUGUGCGCUGGGUAAAAAGAGAGAAGGAGGAGAAAUGAUGCGCUGUUCCGCCGCCGGACUCUUUCUCCUAGCGGCCUGGAUUUAUCCAAGCCACGGGCUGUACUUCCACAUCGGAGAGACGGAGAAGAAAUGCUUCAUUGAGGAAAUCCCGGACGAGACGAUGGUCAUCGGAAAAUACAGGACUCAGCUGUGGGACAAACAGACCAGCUCCUUCCUGCCGGCCACCCCGGGGCUGGGGAUGCACGUGGAGAUCAAGGAUCCGGACACAAAGAUCAUCCUCUCUCGCCAGUACGGUUCGGAUGGACGGUUCACCUUCACCUCCCACACACCGGGGGAGCACCAGAUCUGCCUGCACUCCAACUCCACCAAGAUGGCGCUGUUUGCCGGAGGGAAGCUGAGAGUGCAUCUGGACAUCCAGGUGGGGGAGCACGCCAACAACUAUCCUGAGAUAGCAGCCAAGGACAAACUGACGGAGCUGCAGCUGCGGCUGCGGCAGCUGCUGGACCAGGUGGAGCAGAUCCAGAAGGAGCAGAACUACCAGAGGUAUCGGGAGGAGCGUUUCCGGAUGACCAGCGAGAGCACCAACCAGCGCGUGCUGUGGUGGUCCAUCGCCCAGACGCUCAUCCUCAUCCUCACCGGCAUCUGGCAGAUGAAGCACCUCAAGAGCUUCUUCGAGGCCAAGAAACUGGUCUGAAAUCCGUCCCACAAAAGACUAAACUAAACUUUUGACUCCAACCCGGUGGUGGGGGGGAACGGAUCCACUCACAGGUCCCCGGAAAGCUUCCCGUUUUCCACGUAGAUGUUUUAGGUUUUUACUGAUAGCUUCUCAUCGGUGUCCCGGUGUUUUUUGUUCCAGAGAAGUGAAUGUUGACUGUUACGGAAACUGACCCAGUUACUGGUCUGACCUUUGACUCCUUCGAUAUCACUUUAAUUUAUCCCCUUUAUUCAGUCGUUCUGGUAAUAAAGGCAUUGUGUUAUUUAUAAAGCAGCUUUAAAGGGGAUUUAAGAUCGUAUAGACUUCGAUUUCUUAUGAAAACAUGUUUAACCCGACAGACAAAAGUGUUAACCGCAUUCCACAUUGUUUAUAUGACCAUUCCUUUUUAUUUUGAGGUAAAGACACGUUUUGUUUUGUUAGUUUCAGGGAGCUGACACUGUUUUGUACAACUUAAUGUUCCCUGAAAUCUUUCCAGUGGACUCAGAAACAACAAAGUCUUGAUUGAGAUGAAAAUGUAGCUAUGGCAUCAUAUCAAACUUCCUUAAAAAACUUAAUUAAUGAGCAGAAUAACCCACUCAGACAUUAGAAAAAAGAAAGAAAAGCUUUCAAAAGUGUCCAAUUGGUCCCCAAAAAGUCAAAUUUGUGUUCAUGUUUGCAUGAUGACAAACUUGAUUUUCCUCUCGUUAGUAAAGCUUUAUUAGUCUUUAUUAUUUUCCCAAAAUAUCAAAAUCAUCUGUUUUUGCUAUUUCUCCGUCCACUGAAAUGUACUUUAGAAUUUAAACCAGUCCAAUCAUGGCUGGUGGGCGUGGCCAGGCUACUGGAGCUGACCAAUCAGAUCCAUUCCAAAUAACUGUCAGCCAAUAGCCACUGCUGUUUAUUCCGCUUUAACUCAGUCCUCAUUAUUUUAUUAUGUAAUAGAAUAGGGCAGAACAGGCUCAGUUAGGCCACAAAGGCUCAACUUUUAGGUUUAGUUGCUGAAAGAAUAUUUAUUUUAUUUAUUUUUUAUUUCAAAUUGUUGCUCUCAAAGCUCUGGUUUUUUUCUGAGGUGCUCCCCAAAAAUAUUUGUGCUCUUUUUCUUCCUCCUGAAAAAGGAACGACCCAUUUUGACUGAUGUUAUUAGAGAAAAAGCCUUUGAAUGUCAACAUAUCUUUCUUAUUCCUGUAAAAAGCUAAAUCUUAAGCUGAUUGGUCGGCUUAAGUGGCCUGAGCAGCCAAUUACGGUGCACCUUAUUUGCAUAUUUAAUUCAAGCACCGAAUCGCAAUCAGACUUCCUUAAACGGAUACAUUUCUUUGUUUUUUCUGUUUGCUAAAGUAACAUUUAAAAAUAAAAGUCUUUGUUUUUAAUUGAUUUAACUCCAAAUACGAAAACACAUUUUUUUAAAAAGGGUGUUAAUAUCAGUUUAUUUCUGCCUUUAGCUCCAUUAAAGUGUCACAAACCAUCAGUUUUUCUUAGAAACGUGACUUGAAUGGGUCUGUAGGCUGUAUAGUUUUUAGCCCACGGGAACGUCUGUAAAUACAGGUUGUGAUACCAACAGCACUGUUUGUUUUUUUACCGGCUUUUACACAAACUGAAUGAAACCAAGUCUCUUCUCCUCCUUUUUUUGGUUGUGUUUGAUUGGAUGUUACUUAAUGAGCGGUUGUAGAAAGUCUUUUACUCGGCAGGUUUUCUGAGAAAGCAGAAAUCUGAAAGAUUUCCCUGAAGUUUUCAGUGAUUCUGCGACUCGUUCUCGUUCCGUUCGGUCCUCUCUCGUGCUUAAUAAAGAAAACUCUGACCAAACGGGUGUUUUGAACAGAGCUUUAUUGCUUGGCUUUGGCCUCCGUCUGAGCCAGACUCCAAACAAUUCACAUUUCUAAGCACAGCUUCACGUUUUUGGAGUUAUUUUUUUUUUUAAACGUACACUUCUUAAUGAGACAGACACUCACGGCCCUCAGGACAUCUUUCAGGAACCCCCCCCCCCCCCACCCCCAACUUUGCAUAGGUUCUCUCGGUCUCCAUGGAUACGACACGACACUGAAACAGAGCAACUCAACUCCAGGAUUCGGCACGUGAUACGAAAACCAUAUCAAACGCACAACAUCGAGUGUUAUAAAGGGAUCAACGAUUUAUUAAAUCAAGUCUUUUUCUUCAACUGUACAAUUAGAAACACAGUUAGAUACACACUUCUGCCUGGAAGAACCCGGACCCGGGCCGCCGCCGCCGCAAGUUCGUCCGGAGAGCUUUAGAAAAGGAAAGAAAACCUCUGUAACUCGUCUGUUUAUGCUUUUAUUGGGUUUUCAGCUGUGAGCAUCUGGAGUAGAAACUAAAAUCAGAGCACGAGUGUGAUAAGACCAACAACCCAAUGCCACUUCGAUGCUUAACUCAUUGGCUGCCAAAGAC